AUGGCAUUCAGAGGAUACUAUCGGAGGAAUCUCAUAUGGCUCUCCUUCAUUGAGCAACUUAAUCAAGGAAAAUCAAGAGAGGGAUCAAGUGAUUGUCGGGCUUGCAACAAAUGUAAAUGUGUUGACAAAGAUGUUUACCGAGAAUCAGACAAAGAAAGUGAAUGCAGUGAAGAUGUCCAACCCAUCUUAGAUGAAAAUUUUGAGGAAGCAAAUUAUAUCAACAACCCUCAAGGAGGGUAUCAAAGGCAACCCUACCAUGGUCAAGGGAAACAAAGCCAGUGGAGGCCAAACCCGCAAGGGCAAGGCAACCAACAAUGGAGAAAUGAUCAAGGUAACUCGCAUCAAGGAAAUUGGAACAACAACUUUGCAAACCGGAGCUCCAACCCAUAUGUUCCCCCAAAAGGUCAUUAUGCAAAUCAAGGGUCGUCAAGUGAGUCAAAUUUAGAAUGCAUGCUUGAAAGAGUAUUGCAAAACCAAGAAAAGUCUGACGCGUCCAUGAGAAACAUGACCGAAGUUGUUGGCUCUCACACCACAUCUAUCCAAAAGUUAGAGAUGCAAAUGAGAGACCUUUCAAGAGAGAAAAACCCAAAGCAAAAAGGGCAACUUCCUAGUGAUACCAUUGCGAACCCGCAGAGUGGUGGAAGAGGCUCAACUUCUCACGUCAUGGUUGUUGGGGAAGAAGCCGAACAAGAAGUUGAAGCAGAAGAGCAAGGGGUUGUUGAAGUUGAAAGGGUGCCGGAAAAAGAGAAGGUGCAAGAAGUGAACCAAGAAGGGGUGAAGGAAAAGGAGAAGGAGACAUCAAAAGCUCCACCUCCUAUUCCUAGACCUCCUCCGCCUUUUCCUCAAAGACUUAUUAGAAGGGUUGAUGAUAGCAAGCUUGAGAAAUUCUAUGAUAUUCUAAAGCAAUUGUCGGUGAACAUUCCAUUCUUGGAGGCUUUUCAAGAAAUUCCGGGGUUUGCCAAAUAUUUGAAGGAUUUGAUCACCAAAAAGAGGACCACAAAGAAUGAUGUGGCAAACAUGACUCACCAGGUUAGCUCUAUUAUUGCCACAAGCCCUGUCCAAAAGAAAGAGGACCCGGGAGCAUUUACUAUUCCAUGCACUAUCGGGGAGCGUGACUUUGCAAAAGCCCUUUGUGACAAUGGGGCUAGCAUCAACUUGAUUCCAUUUGCCAUCUACAAGCAAGUGGGAUUAGGGAUGCCGAGGCCAACAAGCAUGCGAUUACAAAAGGCCGAUCGAUCUAUUUAG